AUGUCCAUAGCAGGCCUCAUGGACCCAGAAAUUAAUCACAACAAGUCCUUCCACCGCAGGAACGAUUCUGGUGAGCUUGAUGUUUUUGAAGCAGCAAGGUACUUCUCGGGAUACAGUGAAGUUAUCGGCUACACUGGCUCCACCUUCGCUCAGAAGAUCAUGAGAGAAGAAAGGCACCAUGCACACAGAGCCAGAAUCAGCUUAGACAUGCCAAUGAGAAGCUUGCUCCCCCAGCAAUUCCAUGGCAUGGAAAAACAAAUCAUGAAGGAGAAGAAACACAAGCAGCCUAGCUCUCCUGGUGGAAGGCUCGCAAGCUUCUUGAACUCUCUCUUCAGCCAAUCAGCAUCGAAGAAGAAGAAGUCAAAAUCCAGCUCUCAGUCCAUGAAGGAUGAGGAUGAAAGCCCUGGAGGAAGGAGAAGGAGGAGGAGCAGCAUUAGCCAUUUUAGAAGCUCCAGCACUGCAGAUUCAAAAUCCUUGUACUCUUCCUUAAGUUCAGGGUUUAGAACUCCUCCUUAUGUACAAACACCAACAAAGAGCUGCAAGGAAUUCAGAACCUUCUCAGACCACAAGCAUGCACAGUCCUUGUCAGCAAAGUAUAAUAAUGGACAUGCAAGAUCAACCACCACUUUGCAAAAUGAGUUGUUGUGGGAUGGGAAGAAAAAAAGGGAACCAUCAACUUUGACGGAUGAUAACAACCACAACCACAAUCACAAGUACAGCAAUGGAUUAUCAUCAUCAGAUAAACAAAGGAACAAGGGUAGUCACGAGUCAUUUGAGAAAGAUAGGAUGCUGCUGGACAAGUACUCAGCAGAGGAGAAGGAAAUCACUCAAAUCAGGAAGUUCAAUGAGGUUGAUGAUGGUGCAGAAAGUGAUUCAAGCUCUGAUCUGUUUGAACUGCAAAACUAUGACUUGGGAUACUAUUCAAGUGGUCUACCUGUCUAUGAAACUACCAACAUGGAUAGCAUCAAGAGAGGAGUACCAAUUUCCAAUGGUCCUCUGUGA